GGGGGGGCAGCCGACGCGGCCAUGGCGGAGGACAGCGACACGGACGGCGAGACUGCGACCGAGAUGAUGAAAGGAGUUCUCAACAACGCACAGCGUCAACGAGCAGUCGAAGGAUGCCUCUUCAGCACGCACUUACUGCCGAAAGAACACAACAUUAACCUCGCCGCCAUCGGGGCCGCUCAGAAGUACUCAGAUACGGUGAAGGACAAGCCCGCGGACCACGGACUGGGCCCUCCCAGCUUGCAGGUGAGUUUGGCGGUUCUCGAGUUGCUGAUCAACCGGGAGGUGCUGAAUCAGAACCCGAACCUGCAGGAGCACGUGCAGUCCGUGACGAAACUCAUCCAGCACGUAAAGGUGCAGCCGAUGGCCGUGGCAUGCGAGACGCUACGCUACUGGAAGGCGAAGACCGCCUUCGUGAAGGAAGUAGCUCCGCCUCUCGUCCGCCAUACCUUAUUCGUCAACUCGUGGGUUCAGGGACCUGGAGGCCUGAUGGUUCCUCUGAAUUCGGUUCUCACGGCCCUGUUCAUGGCCCUCGGGAGCACGCCGAAGCUGGGCCCCCCACCGAAAACCACCCAGGAGCGCCGAGUUCAGAAUUCGCUGGAGAAAAUGCUUCGCGGAGCCCGCCACAGGAAGUCCAAGUAG